AUGCCAAGGGCUGGCAGGCCGUCCUCUCUUGCAGAAGCCCUGUUCUCUCAGUUGUACGAAGGCCUCCUGCAUCCCAUCAUCCACCUGGGUUUUGGCGUCGAGUUUGAACAGCCCAGCAUCAUCGCCGAGGGCCUCGCACAUGCCGCCUCACACGACCCAGGCAACAUCUACGCCUUCUUCCACCGCAGCGAACAGCUCGCACAGUCCGGCUCUGUGCCAGCCAGGCCACUCAUCAAGUUGUAUAAGCAGGUCCGCCACAACGAGAAGACCCGGACCGCGGGUCGCAUGCAAGACGGGCCCUUCCGCCUCCGUGAUGGUCCGCUGGCUCGCGCCAUGGAUGAGAUCGUGGGCAUUGCGGCCCAGUUCCAGAUCCGGCCGGAGGAAUUGGAGCGCGGCACGGCCGAGAUGAUCAACUGUGCGGCGUACAGCGCUGGUGCGGCGCAGAGACCUGGCAAGGUGCCCAAGAUUGACUUCUUCAUCAUGCACAACAUUACCUGCUCCAUCUUCCUGAGCGUCCUGAGCAAGCAGUCGUGGAUCCAGCUUAAGGGCAGGGUCCGAUUGGUGGAGUGGAAGGCGAGGCUGGACCUGGCGUGGUACGCGGCAAACGGAGCAGCGGAAUUGCGCCUGGAGGACAUCUCUGAGUAUGAACCAACGGCAAGCAAGGGCAUGGACUGGCAAGCAUUGUAUAAGGCUGUCAACAAGGUCCAUGAUGACGGACAUAUCGCUAAGUUUGUGCGAGGUCUGAAGAACGGGGAGACCGUCUCAAAGCCCUUUGAGCAGGGGGACGGCGCCGCUUCUUUCCCCAUCAAGGGCGACUUAUGGCUUCGGAUUGCCCAGAUGGGCUACGACACUACCAAGGACGGCCAUGAUAAUAGUGAUAAGUGGGUCUGGGGCUCUGGAUUCGACCUUGCGUGGAUGAAGGUGCCGGACUCGAAGUAA